AUGUAAUACAAAUUGUCUUAAGUUACCACAAAAACAAAUUGGGAUGAUAUCAGGAAAGAAUAGAUGAGAUAAAUAUUGGAUCAAGGUAUUUACAUAUAAAUUAUAUUAUAUAAAGGUUCAAAUAUGACAGAUGAUGAUGUUGUUUAUAUAAAGCAUUGUAUUAAGAAUUUUAGUGGACCACCUGCUUAUAUGUGGUUGGAGAGUAACCUGAAAGGAGAUUAAAUUAAUGAAGUUCAUUAUAUAUAAUAACAUUAGAUCAUAAAGCAUAUAAAAAUAGCAACAAGUAAUGAUGGAUCUAAUCCAAUAUACUUUGUUUAAGAAGGUAUGAUAUUAAUUGAUUAUUAGGUGAAUUAAAAUCAAAGACAAGAGUAUACAAAAAGGCAGAGGUAGUAUCAAAUGAAGAAGUUGAAUUUGGAUAAGGAGCCAUUGCUUUUUAGGUUGAUAGAUAAUUAUUCAACUCAUUUAAAAAUGUAUACAAUUAUACAAAUUAAUUAGAGUGCUGAAAUGUAAGAAUUGGAAAUAAAGUCUCAAAAUUUACAACGUUGUAUUCCAAUUAGAUCUUUAGAUAUUUAAAAAAAACAAGCUCUGUUACCAUUAUUUAAGGAAACAAAAAAAAAGUUUGGUAGCAUAAUGACAGUUCCAGAGGGAGGAACAGCAAGUUUAUACUUUUAAACAAAAGGCAUAACAUUAAUUUUUACUUCCACAAAAAGUCAUAACUUUAUAAUUGUUGGAUGCAUUCAAAAUGUAGGAGUAUUUAAUGAAUAAAAAUUAUUAUUUGAUUAAGGAUCAGAAUAUGGAAGUAUAUCUAUAUGCGAAUCUACUGUAAAAUAAUUCAAUAUAAAUAUUAGCUUUAUUAAUUAUAAGCAGAUGAUGUAACAAAAUUACCAGAUGAUUGUAUAUAAUCUUUAAGAGCAGGUUUUUUAGCUAAGAAAAUAAUAUAUAAAUCAAUUGUAGAUAAAGUUUAAUAGAUGAAAGAUGAUGAUGAAUUUGUAGAAUUUUAAGAGAAAAUUUGUAAGAAGUAUUCAGUAGAAUAUAGUAAUAUUUUAAAUGUUAUUUAAAAAAAUACAAAAAAUGGAAAGAUAGAAUCUACUGAUAAAUAAGAAUAAAUUGAAAAAAAUAAAUAAAUGUUUGAAAAAACAAUUGGUGGAAAUAGAAUGAAUAAUGUAUUAAGUUAAAUGAGUGAUAAAGAAAGAACUUUAUGUUUAGGUACACCAAGAAUUGUUAAUAAAUAAUCUACAUUUUUAGGUUUAACACAAGAAUAAGAAACAUCAUUAUUUGCUUUAAGAUAACUUGGUAUUUUUCAUAAAUUUAUUUUAAGCUACUGAUUUAAGAAAAGGAAAUUCAAAUACAAAUUCUAUUAUUCCAAUGUCUAAAGAAUCUGUCACUAAAGCUAAAUAAGCUUUACUUUAAGAAGAAAAAAUAAAUAUUGGAGAAGUAUUAUAGAGAAAGACCAUUUCUACAAAAUUACAAGAUGAUCCAACAAUGCUUGAAAAAAUGAAAAAAGACAAUUAUGAAUUAUUAUCUUAAUAUCCUUAAGAAGAAGAGAGAGUUCUUAAAAUACAUUCAGAAGAUACUAAUAAAGAUUCAAAGACAGAAUCAGAAAUAAAUGCUGAUUCAAAUGAUUUUAAAGGAAGACCAUUAGGAAGAUAAAGUUCUAUUAAAGGACAAUAAACUGCAUAAUAAAUUUAAAUUGAUAAAAAAAAUAAAUUGCUUUAAAGUUUAGUUUGA